CUUCCUUUGCAGGUUUUUCCCUUGAAGGACUACCAGCACAAGAUCCAGCCUUACAUCCACCUCCCCUGGCAUCGAAACAUUACCGGGAUUGUGGAAGUCAUCCAAGGAGAGAGCAAGGCUUACGUGUUUUUCGAAAAGGAGUACGGUGACAUGCACUCUUAUGUGCGCAGCUGCAAGAGGCUGAGCGAAGAGCAGGCCGCCAAACUCUUUAAGCAAAUCAUCAGUGCGGUCUCCCACUGUCAUCAGUCUAAUAUUGUCCUGGGUGACCUGAAACUGAGGAAGUUCGUGUUUUCUGACAAAGAAAGGACUCAGCUGAGGUUGGAAAGCUUGGAAGAUGCUCACAUUAUGAAAGGAGAGGACGAUGCUUUGUCUGACAAACAUGGAUGCCCGGCUUACGUCAGCCCGGAGAUCCUCAACACCACAGGGACUUAUUCUGGGAGGUCGGCUGACGUCUGGAGCUUGGGCGUCAUGCUUUUCACUCUCUUGGUUGGACGUUAUCCUUUUCAUGAUUCGGACCCCAGCUCACUCUUCUCCAAAAUCCGCCGUGGACAAUUUUGCAUCCCUGACCAUGUCUCCCCAAAAGCUAGGUGCCUUAUCCGAAGCCUACUGAGACGGGAGCCCUCCGAGAGACUCACGGCAGAGGAAAUUUUAUUACAUCCCUGGUUCGAAGCUGCCUCUCACCCUGGCUUAGCCGAUCAGGAACCUAGCAACACUGACCAGCUUGUACCUGAUGUUCCACAGACUUGUGAUGACAUUGAUUCCUUCUUCUGCUAG